AUGGAGGACUACCUGGCUUGGAACUACACCAAGAAUGUUGUGUUUACAGUGCGGUCCGCCUACCACCCGCGGAUGCAACAGAAAUGCCUCAAAGCAGGCUGGCCAGAAUCCUCAUCUUCGGUGCAGGAUCACAAAUCAUGGAUGUGUUUAUGGGACACCGUCGCGCUGGGCAAGGUGAAAACACAUAUGUGGCAGCUGAUCCGGAAUGGACUGGUGGUGGGGGCCGAACUCCAAAGGAGGAAAAUCAAAGAAGGUGUGUUCUGUGUUGCGUGUGGGAGAGAAGAAACGGUCUACCACAGAUUUUGGGGUUGUUUUCACUCAUUGAAAUUCUGGAAGAUCAUGCAUUCGGAGUUGGGGGUACCGGUGGCGAUCCCACCGGAGUCGGUUGGCCCUCAGAGUGCAUUAUCGAGAUGGCUCUUGUCUUGGUUUGCGGAGGCAUCAAACGAUGAGAGGGCGGUCAUGGUCCAGGGUGUGUAUGCGCUUUGGCUAGCCCGGAACAACGCUAGAGAUGGACAGAGAAUUGAAGAUGCUGAUGCGAUUGCGAGAAGAGUUUUUCACCUGAUGGGAGAGUGGCAGUCCAUUCAUGGGCGAAAGAGCAAGAAAACUAUCCCCGCCCCAUGCGAGAAAUGGAGUCCGCUUGACAAGGGGUGGGUGAAAGCCAAUGUGGAUGCGGCAAUAUCCAAGGUAGGGGAGCUGGGAGGAGCUGGCAUUGUUCUUAGGAACCAGGAGGGGGCUUUCCUUGGCAGCGCUUGUCAUGUUUUUCCGCGGUGCCAGGAACCAGCAAGGGCGGAGCUAUAUGCUUGUAGAAGAGUAGUGCAACUAGCGGAGGAUCUAAAUAUACCCAACCUGCAUGUUGAGAUGGACUGCCGCGAGAUCGAUUGCAAGCUGCAGAGCAAGGAAAAGGAUUUGUCUUCGCUGGGACCGGUCAUUGAAGAGGUCAAGCAGAUGUUGGCUACACGGGAGCGAUGGAGGGUCACCUGGACGAAAUCCCAGCUUGGGAAGUUUAAAUAA